AUGAAGUUCAGUCGCACCGUUCAGUUCAACGCGGUGCCGGAAUGGUCGGCUUAUUACAUCAGCUACUCGAAUCUCAAAAAACUCAUCCAAAACCUCGAGUCUGAGGCAAACAACCGCGCCGUUCAGCUCCAGCGCGAGUCAGAGACCGUCUCGCUGAUUGCGAACGACGACGCCUACGCAGACUUCGACGUCAUCUUCCGCCGCGCGCUCGACGACGAGCUCGACAAGAUCUGCAAGUUCUACGCCGACAAGUAUCGCGAGCUCAGCGAGGAGCUUUUGCAGCUCAAGCAGGAUGUCUAUGAGUUUACCGAUAACGCCGGACCCGAGGAGGCGAGCACGUCCUCGGGCUCGUCGAUCACCACCAGUAGUCAUCAGUUCUCUGACGGCGAGAGCGUGCUGGCGGCCGUGAACACUGCCGAGCGUGGUGGCCCGCUGACUGACAAGUCCGUUGACGCGCUCUCGCUGAGCUCGUUCCGCGACGACUCGGGCUUUGACGAGAUGGCGGAUCUGAAGAUUACGCUCAAGAAGCGCGUCAUUGCGCUCUAUGUGGCGUUCUCGGAGCUCAAGUCGUACGUCACCCUCAACAGGACCGGGUUUGCAAAGGCGCUGAAAAAGUACGCAAAGGUUCUCAACCGAGAGAUUCCCGGAGGCUAUGUCGUCAACGAUGUCGAGCAGUCUGUGCCGUUUCUGCCGCAGUCGCGCGCAGAGCUCGAUGAGCGGCUCGACGAAGCGACGGAGCUGUACGCCGUCAUCAGCACUCGCGGUGAGAUUGGUCAGGCCAAGGCCGAGCUGCGGGUGCAUCUGCGCGAGUACGUGGUUUGGGACCGCAACUCUGUGUGGCGCGAGAUGAUGGGGAUUGAGAGUAAAGUGCAGGGCGUCGGCAUCACGAACCAGGGCUUGCUCGUGAGCUCGAAUCCGAUUGCGGACGCGCUCGAGCACAAGUCUGCUGCGAGCCAGCCGCCGUACGAGAUUGUGACGCGGUACGGAGUGAUUCGGCUGCCGCGGAUAAUUUUCAACUCUACCUCUGCUAUUCUGGCAGUUAUCGUGGCUACGUUUGUCGUCUUGCUGGUCGUGCCUAUCUUUGACGAUCCGACGCCGCAGGCGUGUCUUGCGAUUUUGAUUGCGGCGUCGAUGCUGUGGGCUACCGAGGUGAUUCCGCUGUUUGUGACGUCGAUGCUGGUGCCGUUGCUGGUGGUUGUGUUUCGAGCUGUGCGGUCGGACGAUAUGGAGCACGAGCGGUUGAGUGCGCCGGACGCGACAAAGUACAUUUUUGCGUCGAUGUGGACGCCGGUGAUUAUGCUUUUGCUGGGCGGGUUUGCGAUUGCGUCUGCGCUGAGCAAGUACAAUAUCGCAAAGGUGAUUGCGACGUGGGUGCUGAGUAAUGCGGGCACGAAGCCGCGCAACGUGCUGCUGAUGACGAUGUUUGUCGCCAUGUUUUUGAGCAUGUGGAUUUCAAACGUUGCCUCUCCGGUGCUGUGCUUGUCUAUCAUUCAGCCGCUGCUGCGGACGCAGGACAGCGAGUCCAACUUCCCCAAGGCAUUGAUUCUCGGAAUCGCGCUGGCGUCGAAUAUCGGAGGCAUGGCGUCGCCGAUCGCGAGUCCGCAGAACGUGAUUGCGCUGCAGAACAUGCGGCCGAAUCCGUCGUGGGGCGCGUGGUUUUUCAUUGCGUUGCCGGUUUGCAUUUUGUCGAUUUUGUUGAUCUGGGUGUUUAUGUUGAUUACACUGAAUCCUGCAAAAGGCGCGAUCUAUACAAAGAUCGAGCGCAAGACAGAGAGAUUUGACCGGACGCAGAUUUUUGUGAGUGCGGUGACGUUGGUGACGAUUGCGCUGUGGUGCGUGUCGCAUCAGCUUGAAGGGGUGUUUGGCGACAUGGGCGUGCUUGCGAUUAUCCCUCUGGUUGUCUUUUUCGGCACCGGUCUGCUGACGAAGGAGGAUUUCAACAACUUUAUGUGGACGAUCAUCAUUCUUGCGAUGGGCGGAAUCGCGCUGGGAAAGGCGGUUUCGUCGUCGGGCUUGCUGGACACGAUCGCGAUGGGUAUCCGGUCGCUUGUGAGCGGGAUGGGCGUGUACGGCGUGAUGGUGGUGUUUGGCUCGCUCAUCCUGAUCAUCGCGACGUUUAUCUCGCACACAGUCGCGGCGCUUAUCUUGCUGCCGAUUGUGGCGCAGGUCGGGCAGGCGAUGGACGACCCGCAUCCGAAUCUGCUGGUGAUGGGCGCCGCGCUGCUGUGUUCGGGCGCGAUGGGUCUGCCGACGUCUGGGUUCCCGAACGUGACUGCGAUCUGCACGACGGACGACCAGGGACGGCCGUAUUUGACGGUUAGUCUGUUUAUUACGAGAGGAGUGCCUGCGAGUUUGAUUGCGUAUGUUGUGAUUAUCUCGCUGGGGUACGGAUUGAUGAAGAUUGUGAGGUUGUGA